CUUUGUUUUUUAGUUGAUUCCUAUAUAUUGGACUAAUAAGAUGGUCGCAAUAACCCUUGCUGCCCGACAAGUCUUACGACUCCCCAGGUGGAUCCAAAUCCGCUCCGUGUCUACUCUAGAGAACAACCCUUACAUAUAUGUAUUUCCAAACGAAAAAUCCCCAAAUAAAAACCAUCUUCUAUCGCUAUUACCAUCGGAACCGCCGAAACCUGACCUAGCAAUUGGCGUCACAACAAGACUACCACCCACCCCGGAAUCCUUUACGGAGAACCCGACCUUCUUAAAGACAUUACAAGAAGUUCUUUCCAAACAUGCACACGAGGACCCAGAUGCCAUAUCCCAGGCACAAGUUAUGGUCUCCACAUCCGGCUCGAAUAUGGUCUUCGGGGGCGUUCUGACUGGUUCGCGCCGUGGCCGAAAGCGACAACCCGGGAGUGAUUUCAGCAGCGGAGCCAGCGGCCAAGGUGGCGCCGGUUCUGCUGGAAGAGGAGGCUGGAUUCAUAUCUCCGACAGCAGGCGACCUCCCGAGUAUGGCAGGAUUGCAUGGCCUGAGGAUAUCUUUGGAAGUCUCGAAGUCGAUGGAGAAGGGAACUUUGUUGGAGAAAAUGGAAAUUACCAGCCAAGUGGCACCUACAGGACUGUGACUCGAGACGGAAUCCUUGGUUUGAGUCCCUUCCUCAGAGAAAAACUAGUGCAAAAACUGCGCCAACAGGAGAGUCAAUGAGAAUUGCUCCUGAAGAUGAACGAAUCCAUAGCAUAUUGUACUGUACUGCAAUGUAAUACCAGAUGCCACCUUUGACAGUGCAUAU